AGCUUCACGCUGGCUGCAGGAGGGCCCGUGAGUGCCUCCAGGCCUGGGAGGCCCGGGCCGCUACAGGACGAGACCUUGGGCGUGGCGUCCGUGCCCUCUCAAUGGAGGGUCGCCCAGGGCAUCCGUGUGGAGACGAAAAGUUGCCAGACAGCCAGUAUUGCCACGAGCGAGACGUCCACCCAGACCCGGAAGCAAGCAGAUGCCGAGGUACAGACAGAGGCUCCUGAGCCGGCCGGCCUGCUGUCUGUGUCCUGGCCUGAUGGCCCCCGGCUGGCUGCCUUCCUUCGAAGGGUGGAGCCCAUUGUCACCCGAGAGCUAACCAAGAACUGGCAGAGCCACGCAUUUGAUGGCUUCGAGGUGAACUGGACUGAGCCGCAGAAGACGGUGACCUGCCUGCACACCCUGGGCUACCCCCCAGCCCAAGCACAGGAGCUGCACGUGACCAGUGUCUCCUGGAACAGUACCGGCUCCGUGGUGGCCUGCGCCUAUGGCCGGCUGGACGACGGGGACUGGAGUACACUCAGGUCCUACGUGUGCACCUGGAACCUGGAUCGGCGCAGCCUCAACCCCCGGCAGCCGUCGGUGGUGGUGGAGGUGCCCAGUGCCGUCAUGUGCUUGGCCUUCCACCCCACGCAGCCGGCGCACGUCGCAGGAGGGCUAUACAGCGGCGAGGUGCUGGUAUGGGACACGAGUCGCCCUGAGGACCCACUGCUCUGGCGCACUGGCAUGACUGAUGACACACACACCGACCCUGUGUACCAGGUGGUUUGGCUGCCGGAGCCCCGGCACAACCACCGCUUCCAGGUGCUGAGCGUGUCCACUGACGGGAAGGUGCUGCUCUGGCAGGGCGCUGGGGCCGGCCAGCUGCAGCUCACGGAGGGUUUUGCCCUGGUGGUGCAGCAGCUCCCUCGGAACACCAAGCUCAGAAAGCCUCACCGAGGAGAGACUCAGGUGGGUGCUACGGCUGUGGCUUUCUCCAGCUUUGACCCCAGCCUUUUUGUCCUGGGCACGGAGGGCGGCUUUCCUCUCAAGUGUUCACUGGCAGCAGAGACGGCGGCCCUCACGCGAAUGCCCAGCACUGUGCCCCUGCGGGCUCCGGCGCAGUUCACCUUCUCGCCCCACGGUGGUCCCAUCUACUCCGUGAGCUGCUCUCCCUUCCACAGGAAUCUCUUCCUGAGCGUGGGGACCGACGGCCAUGUCCACCUGCACUCCAUGCUGCAGGCCCAGCCUCUGACCUCCCUGCAGCUGUCCCACAAAUACCUGUUUGCUGUGCGCUGGUCCCCGGUGCGCCCUCUGGUGUUCGCAGCUGCUUCUGGGGAAGGUGACAUUCAGCUGUUUGAUCUCCAGAAAAGCUCCCAGAAACCCACAGUCUCCAUCAAGCAAACCCAGGAUAAAAGCCCUGUCUACUGUCUUGAGUUUAACCAUCAGCAGACUCAGCUCCUGGCUGCUGGCGAUGCCCAGGGCACAGUGAAGGUGUGGCAGCUGAGCACAGAAUUCACUGAGCAAGGACCCCGGGAAACAGACGACUUGGACCGUCUGGCAGCAGAGGUGGCGAUCUGAGGACAACAAAGUUCCACUGGACUGUCCCAGACCCACAGCAGAUGGGGUGAGGUUGAGCCAUGUAUUUCUGACGGAGGUGAAUGAAGACCAGACAAGGUUUUGGGGGAAGAGACAA